AUGAAAACGGUGGAAGCUGCCGGCAACACAUUCCAGUAUGCGGAACUCAAUAUCAGACAUGUUGGUAAUGCUGCAAAGACACUCGCUAUGGUAAAACGCGCCAUUCGGAUGGGUUACGACACUGUUGCCAUCAAUAUAGAUAUUGGCGACAUCGUACCUGAGGAGAAUAUUGUUAGUAAGCAAUCGAGCGCAGAUGCCCCGAGCAAGCCUCCACCGAAAAAGAAAGCACGGAAAGGCGAAGACAGAAGAGGUCGAGAACAGCAGUUGCCGGAACCUUUUCUUGUAGAUGAGUCUGUGUUAGAUCUCUCCGAUUUAGAACAACGAGGGAAGAAAUUUAGGCAAUUCAGCCGGAUUACUUUCACUCUCAAUGAUGCUACAGUUAUUCAUAACGUUUUCAACAAUCCUCGAUUGCGUCAAUUUGAUCUAGUGGCAGUUCGUCCAGCAGAUGUGAGCAUACUCACGACACUUACAAGGAAAACAGAUGCUGUCGAUAUAAUCACGAUGUAUCCCGAAACCCACGUAUCUUGGUUACAUAAGGCAAAAUUCAUGGAAAUGAUUCGUGUCGAGGGUGUUGGAUUUGAAAUUACUUAUGCUCCGGCAUUGUUCCCAGCAAACCGAAGAUCG